AUGGGGCCUGGGGCAGAGGGCUGGGACCAACUUUUGCUGACUAUGGCCACUGCUCUGAUGAUGUCCAUGAGGCUUCCAGGCUCCUGGGGGGCUAGGAUCAUUGGGGGCCGAGAGGUGACCCCGCACUCCCGUCCCUACAUGGCAUCGGUGAGCUUUGAGGGCCAGCAUCACUGCGGUGGCUUCCUGCUCCGUGCCCGCUGGGUGGUCUCAGCUGCCCACUGCCUCAUCGACAGAGACCCACGAACAGUCCGGGUGGUGCUGGGAGCUCACAACAUUCGCACCUCGGAGCCCACCCAGCAGGUGUUCAGCGUCUCAGCUGUCAUCAGGCACCCUGACUACCAGCCCGCAACCCACGCCAAUGACAUCUGCCUGCUGCAGCUGAACAGCUCUGCCGUCCUGGGUCCUGCAGUGGGGCUGCUGAGGCUGCCCCAAAGGGGCACCAAGCCACCCAGGGCCGGGACGAGGUGCCAUGUGGCCGGCUGGGGCUCUGUGUCCAACUUUGAGGACUUGCCACCCGGGCUGAUGGAGGCCGAGGUCCGCGUGCUGGGCCUGGACGUCUGCAAUAGCUCCUGGAAGGGCCAGCUCAGCCCUACCAUGGUCUGCACCCAGAGUGGGGACCGACGGCGGCGAGGCUUCUGCUCGGCGGACUCCGGGGGGCCCCUGGUGUGCAGGAACCUGGCCCAUGGCCUCGUUUCCUUCUCUGGCCUCUGGUGUGGCGACCCCAAGACCCCAGAUGUAUACACACAGGUGUCUGCUUUCGUGACCUGGAUCUGGGGUGUGGUUCGGCAGCGACCCCACAGCCCCCAACUCAGCUCCUCACCCAGGACCACGGGAGCCCCCACAGGAGCUUCCUGAACCACAGCAGCACGGUGUACCCAAAUGAGAUGACAACCAAUGCAAACAGUUCUGGCCUGGAAGAUUCUGUGGCUGGGGCAGGGGGUCCACAGAACCUUCCAGGGAGCUUGGCGGGUGGGUGGGCAUAAAUUCCAAACAAAAAGGGCCAGAAUAUCUGAAUAAAAUGUUAACUGACAACUAGACAUGAUGGUCCCACAUCCCUUGAGUUUCUU